GAGUUGGCGGCAUUUGUCAAAUUCAAGAUGAAUAAGAAGCAGUAUAUCACUCUGAUUUUGUUGAUUCUCACCAUCAUUGUCUUUUUCAACCACCAGGAGUAUUUCUAUUGCAAAGAACCAGAACUAUCAUACUGGGAUGAGGUGAAAAUAUAUCUGAAUUUUAUGAAGAGACCAGAUCCCUGUCCUGGAAAUGAGGAAGUGACCAAGAUGGCAUUGGAGUUGUCCGGAUAUGUGGCAGUACUUGUAGCCUUACAUCUGCUGUUUAGAUACAUGUUUCUACGAAUUGAAAAUAGGCUGAAGGAAUGGUUGAUGAAGAACUGGAUGAUUGUUUGGGGAGUGAUCUUUAUACUAAUGUACAUUUGGGCUGCUCUCCUCUGCACUGGAAACUCCAUACUUAGAUUUCUAAAUCCUUGGAACAAAGAAUAUCAACAAAGACAGGUGUAGUCCUAAACUUCUUUGACCACUCAUCCUACAAGUGGUUUUAUGAUCCUGACCCAACACAUGGAGUAAAGAAACAACACCGGCAUACAGGAAAUGCCUACUUAAAAAGUGUCAAGUUUGUUGGCUUUAGCUCACAAUAUUUCUUAUUCUGCAUGGGCUUUUUGGAAAUUUAAACAAUUUCAAUUUCUUUGCAUUUGAAGACCUUUGCAUACACGGUACUUGAAACAUGUUACCCGAAAUAAUUGAAGCGUAAAUCAGGUACACGAUCAAGAAUUUAUCGUUUUUGUUACAUUUAUAGCCUUUUCUUUUUUACCAAUAUCCAUUUGUGAAUUUUAUAUACAUUUUUUUAAUCAAUAUUUUUAAGGAACCAAUUUAGGGUUUUAUUUGUGGAAUUAUUUUUUCUGAAUCAUGAAACAAAAAUUUUAAGAUUUUUGUUAUAUUCAGUAUAAGUGUAUUU